AUGAAAAAUGUUUUUAAUACCAUUGUUCAAUUAGAUGUUUUUGGAGUUCCUAUAAAUCUUCUUACUAACGAAAAAGAGUCUCCUUUUAAAAGUAAAGUUGGAGGACUAAUUACUUUAAUUGCAAGUGGCAUUAGCUUUGCAUAUUUUCUAUAUAUAAUAUUAGAAUGGACUAAUAAUUAGAUACCUCCUAAUAUAAGUUUUAAGUAAGAAACAAUUGGAUAUUCAUAAUUUCAUAUAAAUGAAGCUAUGAUUUAAUUGAUACUUUUAGAUUUCAGUGGUGAUGUAGAUCCUUUUUAGAAAGUAAAAUAAUAUUGUUACUCCUAAAUUAUACACGAUUGAAAAUACAACUAUAACUGAUCCACCUAUUACUUUAUUUAGUAGUGGAGAAUAUCUUUUUACUCUAUCUUUAACAAACAUUACUUUAGUUUUAAACCAUGAAAUUUUUCCAAACGAAGAUCAUUAAAAAAUGAAAUAAUAUUUGCUUAUUUUUGAAAUUUGUUCUAAUAAUACUUUGAACAAUGAUAGUUACUGUGCUGAUUAGAAUGUAAUUAAUGAUUAUGUAUAAAAAUUUCAUGGAUUUUUAUUUUUAACCAUUAAAUUAAAUCAACUUAAUCAAAUCACAAGAGAGAUGGAACAAUUUAAUAAAUAAUAUUCUACUAGUUUUGAUAUAUCUAAUCCAUAAUAUUCAUAAGUUAUGCUUAAAUAACAAGAGACAAUUAUUGAUGAUGGUUUCUUGUUUAAUAAUUAUCAUAACUACUAAUUUAUUAAUAAUUAUGAACUUAUUCAUCAAUAAGUAGAUUCUUAUUUUGCAUCUAAAUUUUUAUCUUAAAUGUUAAAAGAAUAAUUAAAUUUCACAAGUUUUGGAUGUUAUUUAUUUAGAUUAGAUAAUAUUUCUAUUAAAGAACUUGUUACUAUGCCAAAACUAGGUUAAAUUCUUGCUUAAGUGGGAUCAAUUGUUUAGGUGAUAUUUUUAUUAAAAUAUAUAGCCUUAUUUUACAAUAAUAAACUUCUAGAAAACUAAUUAUUACAUGAGAUAGUUAGUAUGUAUUAUCCUGAAUUAAAAAAUGUUAAAUUAUCAUUAUUUAAUUAAUAUUAAAUCAAUGAACAGAAUAUCAAAUGCACUAUUGAAGAUUUUAGAGUCAAAUAUAACUUUUUAUUAAAAAGAGCUAAAGAUAAAUGUAAACUUAAUAAUAUUUUGUAUGAAAUUUCUAGAAUUUAGUUUAUUAUUUAAUCAUAAUUUGGAGAUUAAAUCUUAUCAUAAAGUCAUUCUCUAGGAUCAAAAUUAUAAAACAAUAAUUUUGAUAUAGAAAAUUGCAGAGAAACAAAUAGAUUAACAGUAAAACCUAUUAAUUCUAUUGAUUUAGAGAAUGAUUAAAAUAUUAUAGAACCACUAGAUAUAUUAUCAAAAUAGCCCUGA